CCAGCACCGAUUCCAGCAGUUAAUGGCACGCAAUGAAGGGCAAAUCCUCCGCCGUGGCGCUGGAUUCAUUCUCCUCACAGGCAAUGAUCAAAGGGAGGGCGGCCGCGAGCGCUCUUACCCCAAAAUUAUGCGUCGCGGUCCUGUGCCUCGCGAGCUUCUUCAUCGGAUUCUUCUCUCCCAGCAGUUUUUUUUGUCUGUGCAGCAGAUCAACGAGCCCAACAACGCUCUAUAGAAGCGGGAGUGUUGGGAACGCUAGCAUUAGGAUCAAACAACGACCGAAAGCUCUCGUUGUGGUAGGAAUAAACACUGCAUUUACAAGCCGCAAGCGCAGAGACUCCGUGCGUGAGACGUGGAUGCCCAGAGGAGCGGAGCUCAAGAAACUGGAAAAGGAGAAAGGCAUUGUUGUCAGAUUUGUCGUUGGUCACAGUGCUACUCCAGGUGGAAUUUUAGAGCGUACGAUUGAUGCUGAAGAUGAGCUCUACUCGGACUUUCUCCGGCUGGAUGAUCAUAUCGAAGGCUAUCGUGAACUAUCCGCCAAGACCAAAGCGUACUUUGCUACAGCCGUGUCGCUUUGGGAUGCAGAUUUCUACGUAAAAGUCGACGAUGAUGUUCAUGUAAACUUGGAAAAACUUGGGAAGACAUUGGCACGUCACCGCUCGAAACCUGGUAUUUAUAUUGGUUGCAUGAAACAUGGAGCUGUUCUUUCCCAGAAGGGUGGGAAGUACUACGAGCCCGAGUUUCGAAAGUUUGGAGGAGAUGGGAAUAGAUACUUCCAGCACGCAACGGGACAACUCUAUGGCAUCUCUCAGGAUCUGGCAGCAUAUAUCUUGGCGAACAAGGACAUUCUCCACAGAUAUGCAAACGAGGAUGUGUCACUGGGAGCUUGGCUCAUCGGUUUAAACGUGAAGCACAUCAAUGACCGGAGCCUGUGCUGCGGAACUACAGAUGAAGUUGGUUUGCCAGAUUGCGAAUCGAAGCUCCGAGCUGGAAAUGCGUGCGUCGCUUCGUUCGAUUGGUCGUGCAGUGGGAUUUGUAGAUCGGCCGCGAGAAUGAGAGACGUCCAUCGACGAUGUGGAGAGCACAGCAACAGCACAGUAGCACGAUAGCACGACUGUAUAUUCUUGUAGUAUAUUCCGCUUCAAUGUGACCAAGAUUCUUGCGUGGAA